CGAGGUUAUAAGUAGUUGUCCCGCAAGGAGGGUUGUUUUUGUUCCUCCGCGUGAAGUCACAGGGAAGAGACGGUGUCCCGAAGCUGAUUGUUUCUACGUUUUCUUCCCCCGCGGACUAGCUUCACAACCGGCUGUGGCAUGGAGGUCAGCGCCGAGGCCAAGAGGAUUAUGGUUGUGGCUCUGGGGAAACUGUACAGCUCCCGUACACAGCGAGGCGGUCUCCGUCUUCACCGGAGCCUCCUUCUGACCAUGGUGAUGAAAUCCGCCCGGGACAUUUAUCACGCUGCCCAGACGACGAUAGAAAGCGUGUCUGACGGGUUAGAACAACAUCAACACACAGCGGCUGAGACCAACACAGAGCCGAGAGCCGUUGAGGAGUUCCGGGAGCCCGCUGCCUGUCUUCCGGGGGCUGGGACUUCACCUCACCUGCCCCGGGAAACCGCCGCUCCAAGCGGCAAGGACAACAAGGAGACUACGUGUCCUUUCGGCUCGACACAGCAGCACACACGRAAACGGCGGGGACAUGAGACAGCCGCGCCAGACUUUCUACCCUGUAAGAAAGCCAAACUUGAGUACUGCUCUCAGCAGCUGCUUGUUACUUCCGUUUUGGACUAUGUGAGCUGUAGUAGUGAACUGGGAACUUGCCCUGCCCCCAUCCCUCUACAGACGGUCAUAGCAGCGUGUUGAAACCCAGUAGAGACUUCUCUUGGCUCAGCGAAGGGACACGAACGCACCAUGAAGUGAUCCGGUUCCAGGAAGCUCCGGGAGAAAAAAAAGGCUGAUAAGUCCCACACAAGACUCUGACAUGUCUGGGCUUGUUCACGGAAACACUUCAGUCAUGGAGACUUCACCUGGAUUGAGGCGGAACUACACAAACUAGUGAAUGCUGUACUGCCUUUCUGUCCAAAUGAACUCUAAAUGCAACAUGUGUUGAUGUCUACAUGCUGUGUUAAAUGUAAAUCAUWCAGAUUACAACUACCUCAGUAUUUAUUAAACUUUUUGUACUUUA